UAAUAAAAAAUAGUUGCUCUGUCCUGCCAAUGUAUAUUCCGUCAGAACAGUUCUUUUGGAGAAUCGCUUUCCUUUUGCUAAUUAGCUUUAGUAACUCUACAUAUUACCAUCUUUCCAUACACAAGGCGUGUCGAAAUACUGUCGGAAUGUGUACCUGGGGAUACAAGUUUUCUAGUGUACACACGUAAAUUUUUGGCCACUCUGCAGGUGUUUAUAUCAGUGUUAUUCGUAUCAAAAUAUAUCGUGAAUUUGUAAAGAGUUCAUCACAUGUGUUGUUAGUGGACUGCAAUUAGGCAAUAAGCUGUUACAUUAAAUUUAAGGAUUGGCGCCUACAUAUGUAUAUGAACUCGUUCGAUGUUGUGUGUUUCAGAUAGGGUGUGAGAAGAAAAGAAGUUACAAGGGAAAAUCCAGCAAGGGGAGAACUUCAAAUGUUUUGGUACUAACAUUCAACUUGGGUCUUGCCAAAUGUGGCCGAACGAGAGUCUUUUAGCUUAAAGCUGGGUAAUACCUUGACAUGUCUACAGCACACAUAACCAAUGAAUUAAGUAGAUUCAACAGAGUGAGUUCAAGUUCUCCAUCGAGUUCCAUCUCAUCCGUCAACUUGUCAUCUGCUUCCGUGUCACCAAGCUUCUCCUCAUUGCGAGAUAGUGCUGUUGCACCGGUUUUAAUUUCGCUUCAAAAAGGGUACAAGAGUCCAACUGCUAUGUCUGCUCAGGUCACAUCGAAGAUCCCUACUAACAUUAAUUUGAAAGGAUCUAUCCAGAAAACAAACCCAGCACACCAUCACGAUAUGUCUGAACAAUCCAAAGUCAAUGAAUCAACGCUACCACUGUCCGAAGAUCCGAGGACAUUGCAAUUGGCGUUGGAACUAUCAUUGGUUGGAUUUAACGACAAUCAAAAUUGCUAUGCGCAACCUGCUCAACCGCUACCAAUGCCCUUAAGUGCACAAAAUGACUUUGAAAUUGGGACCAUGAACAACAUGCACACAUUUUCUAAAGUAGACAGCACGCUACCAAUUUCAUCGGCACCGAACUGCCUUCUAUUACCGACUGCCGGCACCGCCAGUUCAGAAGAUCGAUCCAAAAAGUCGCAAAAUAUGACCGAAUGUGUUCCAGUCCCCAGUUCUGAACAUGUAGCAGAAAUAGUGGGCAGACAGGGGUGCAAAAUCAAAGCUUUGAGAGCCAAAACCAACACUUACAUUAAGACGCCAGUUCGAGGGGAGGAACCUGUGUUCGUGGUGACUGGUCGAAAGGAAGAUGUAAACAAGGCUAAACGAGAAAUUCUUUCCGCUGCUGAUCACUUUAGCUUAAUACGCGCAUCACGUAAGCCUAUAACCGACGGUCACAACAACGGAAUUGUAGGAAGUGCGAGUAGCUCUAGUGGUGGUGCAGUUCCUCGCAUGUCAGGUCCCCCUUGUAUGCCUGGUCAGGUAACCAUUCAGGUACGUGUACCUUAUCGGGUAGUGGGACUCGUUGUUGGACCAAAAGGCGCUACAAUCAAACAUAUUCAACAAGAGACGCAAACUUACAUUGUGACACCAUCGCGAGAAAAGGAACCAAUUUUUGAAGUUACUGGCUUGCCAGACAACGUUGAUACUGCACGAAAGCAAAUAGAAGCUCAUAUUGCUCUUCGAACUGGAAGUGGAUCUGGAAAUGCUGAUGCUAUUACUAUGCAAAUUAGUAAUUCGGUUGAGGCUAAUGAAUACGCGUCACUGCCUUCAUUAACGCAAAUUCUAAAUGAUGAUUUGAAUUCGGAAAUUUUAUCGUCCAUAUACAAAAAUGCCCAUGCGUCUACUCAAGAGUAUGCAAAUAAUUCAAUGAAGACGAUUGGAAACGUAAGCAAUUCAGUGCAGCACGUGCAAGGUCAGCAUACUGGUAACUGUUUUCAAAAAUCUGAGUUUGCUGAUAUGGAAAUAGCAGCAAAUAUAACGGCAACAGAUAUAUAUGACAAACGUCUUCCUGGAAAUGAAGUUUCUAUGCCUUUGGCCAAAGCUAAUGUUGCUAAUAUUGUUUUUCGCACUACGUCUAGUAAAACAUUGUCUUUCUGUACUCCCACAUCUACAUCGGCAUCGUUUCAUCCCAACUGUAAUGCCAAUAUUUUAACAAGAUCUUGUUCAUCUGCUUCUUCUACAACUUCAACAAAAAGUACCAACAAUAGCGCAAAUACACCUCCAGAAAUAUUGAAUAUAUGGAAAAGUAUUAGUGAUUCAAUUGACGUUGACGAGGGUAUAGGGGACUCUCCCAGUAUUUGGAACCAACCAGCAAAUAUCAUACCCACAGCUCACUGCUCGCCCACAAUCUCAAUUAGUCCUACCGACUCUCUUUUAGGUAUGGGUGAACAUUCUGCAAAUCAACAAAAUCAUAACCACAUUAAAGAUCCCACUAUUUGUAAUAUCCCACAAAAGAUAAAAACCAUUCAAGUGCAAUCCAACGCAGAAAAAAUUUUAAUUCAUCGUGAAUGCUUUGUAUGUAAUGAAAAUAAUGUUACCACUGCUUUGGUUCCAUGUGGUCACAAUAUGUUUUGUAUGGAAUGUGCUAAUCACAUCUGUCUUUCUAUGGAUGCUGUUUGUCCGGUUUGUAAUUCUAUUGUUUAUCAUGCAAUGCGAAUUUUAGGAUAAUUUGAGUUUUUUUUAAGUAUUUAAUAUUAGUUUGUUUUUUAGUUAAUCGGUUAUACAUCUAGUCGUGGCUUCCGUGAAGUCUAUUAACAUUAGUUGAACUUUCAGGGAUUAUAGGGAUUCCUUCAUUUCAAAUUUAGUUAUGUCAGGGGUCUGAAACACAGAUUUAAAUUAUACAUUUUUUUUAAAACAUGAUGAACGUCUUCUAUUUUUAUUUAAACUUAAAAUUGACAAUAUUUAUUUUUUCAAAAGUGUUUCAGCCAGGUGUUUUGAAAAUUAAGCGUUUGGCGAAAAGGUAGUACCCUUCUGAAACCUAGCUUCAGGCCAAACUAACUAUCCAAUAUAUAAGCAAAUGAACUUCAAAUUAGUUUUCUCUGUAACUCGUAAGAGGUUAAGGGAAGCCUUUCCGAACCUAUAAUUUGUAUAUAUUGUUGAUCGCAAUCACUAGGUGAUUCAAUCUGGAUAUGCCCGUCUGUCUGUAAAAAAAUAUUAGGUAUGAUUCUUCUAAGGCUCUGAAUUUGUGAAAGUUUUAUUUUAUAACGCUGAUUUGAAUGUUUAUUUGUCUUUCCGAUUGUGUCGCAAGGAACUCGACAAUAGCCAUUCUCUUUUGCAUAUUUAAACGAAAUGUGGUAUUGGCUUUUGUUUGUUUUCUAACAAAUCUGUAGGAGCUCCGCAGUAGUUCUCCUUUUAAACCGUGUUCAAACCUUUAAGCACUUACAUUAAAUGGCUUUCAGGAUUUAAUUUUUAACAGAGAGAAUAACAUUAUACAUAAAGUAUAACAUUUAAUGUUCAAGCUUGUAAUGUAUUGAAGGAAACAUUUGCAAUCAACAUCAAAGGCCGACCUAGCCUCGGCAUGUCCGUCUGUGUGUUAAUACGCAAAGAUUCUCAAGAUUUCCUGAAGUAUACAAAUUGAAACGGCACACUUCAGAUGUUAAUUGUGUAAGUAAUAAAUUGAUGUGUAAUUGAAGCAGCUCCAAAAAAAUUUGAAAGUGAGCUAAUGAAAAAGUUGUUGAUAUAUCCCGUUACUAGUCGAGUGAAUGGUAUACGAGGAUCGUUGAGAAGUAUUUAACAGGUAGAUAGAAGCCUUUUUGAAAGUAGAUAUUGAUUUAUAAUAAGUUUAGAUUUUAAGUAGUUUGUCCGUCCGUAUGAACGUCGAGAUCUCAGGAACUAUAAAGGCUAGAAAGUUGAGAUUCAGCAUGCAGACUCCAGAGACAUAGAAGCAGCGC